ACAGCUGGUCUGAGCUCUCUUUCCUGCUUGCAGGCACCAGGAUGAAUGUGAAGAAGUACUUUGUUCGGGCCUUGCACCGCCUCCAGAAGGGCCCUGGCUACACCUACAAGGAGCUGCUGGUCUGGUACUGCGACAACACCAACACGCACGGCCCCAAGCGCAUCAUCAAGGAGGGGCCAAAGAAGAAAGUCAUCUGGUUUUUCUUAACGCUGCUCUUCGCCUCUCUGGUCUUCUGGCAAUGGGGUAUCCUCAUCAACACGUACCUCUCCUACAACGUCACGUCGUCGCUGUCUAUCGGCUUCAAGACUAUGAAGUUCCCAGCAGUCACGGUCUGCAAUGCCAACCCCUUCAAGUACUCGGAGGUGAAGCAUUUGCUGAAAGAGCUGGACAAGCUGAUCGAGGUGGCUCUGGAGAGGAUCCUGCAGCCCACGCACGGGGACACCAUCACGCCCCUGCUGCUGAACGGCAGCGACAAUGCCUCCGAGGGGCUGGAUCUGGCGCUCUGGAACCAGAUUCCACUGGUGCUCAUUGAUGAGCAUGACAAGGACAACCCUGUCAUCGUGGAGAUCUUUGAGACCAACAGGACCUCUCCAGGGAACGGGACAGCUCCGGGGAACGGGACCACUCUGGGGAACGGGACAGCUCCAGGGAACGGGACCUCUCCAGGGAAUGGGACGGCUCCAGGGAACGAGACUGCUCCAGGGAAUGGGACCACUGCUACUCCUCCUGCCCUGUCCAAUACCACAUCCGAAGAGAAGAAGUACAAGCUGGCAGUGAAGCUGUGCAGCCACCAGGGCUCCAACAACUGCACCUACAGGAACUUCACCAGCGCAGCGCAGGCAGUGACGGAGUGGUACAUUCUGCAAUCCACCAGCAUCCUCUCCAAAGUCCCGCUGCAAGAAAGAAUCAGGAUGGGCUACCAGGCAGAAGACAUGAUCCUGGCGUGUCUCUACGGGGCUGAACCCUGCAACUACAAGAAUUUCACCCAAAUCUAUCACCCAGACCACGGUAACUGCUACAUCUUUAACUGGGGCAUGGACAAAGAGGCUUUGAAUUCUUCCAACCCUGGAGCCGAGUUUGGGCUGAAGCUGAUUCUGGACAUCAGCCAGCAGGACUAUAUCCCCUACCUGUCAUCUGCUGCUGGGGCACGGCUGAUGCUGCAUCAACAGAAGAGCUUCCCAUUUCUUAAGGAUCAGGGCAUCUAUGCGAUGGCUGGGACGGAAACCUCCAUCGGCGUGCUGGUGGAUGAACUCGAGCGGAUGGGCUAUCCGUACAGUGACUGCACCAUGAACGGGUCUGAUGUCCCUGUAAAAAACCUUUACAGUGAAUACAAUACUUCCUACUCCAUACAGGCUUGCCUGCGUUCCUGUUUCCAAAAUCACAUGGCUGAAAUCUGUGGAUGUGGUCACUAUAUGUUUCCUUUACCUGAAGGGGUAACUUACUGCAACAACGACGAUAACCCAGGCUGGGCAUACUGCUAUUCAUCACUGAGAUCAAGUAUAAGACAGAGACAAAUUUGCAUUGACUCUUGUAAGGAAACAUGCAACGACACGCAGUAUAAAAUGACCAUCUCUAUGGCAGACUGGCCAUCUGAAGCUUCAGAGGACUGGAUUUUCCAUAUUUUGUCUUAUGAAAGGGACAUGUCAACAAAUGUGACUCUGGACAGGAACGGCAUCAUCAAGCUGAACAUCUACUUCCAGGAGUACAACUACCGGACCAUCUCAGAGUCUGCUGCCACGACGAUUGUUUGGCUGCUGUCGAGCCUGGGAGGCCAGUUCGGGUUCUGGAUGGGCGGCUCCGUGCUGUGCCUCAUAGAGUUUGGGGAAAUCAUCAUAGACUCGCUGUGGAUCACUGUGAUCAACAUCAUCGGCUGGUGCAAAGGCCUGAAGCAGAAGCGGGCGCAGGCGCGGUACCCGGACGCACCGCCCACGGUGUCGGAGCUGGUGGAGGCUCACACGAACCUGGGCUUCCAGCACGAGGAGGCCGGCACUGUCCCCGGACACGGCACCCCAGGGGACGAGGCGCUGCCCCCCGAGCCCGGCACCCCACCGCCCAACUACGACUCGCUGCGCGUGCAGCCGCUGCACGCCCUGGGCCCAGACAGCGACGCAGAGACCGAGUAAGCAGCGCGCCCGCUGCCCCCCGCGGACUGAGCUGCUGCUGCCGUGCUCGGUUCACAGCUCGCUGAGCAGCCUCCAAUGCUUUGGCAAAAUCAGGAAGGAGCCAAAAGCCCUCGCUCUCCUCCCCUCCCCUAAAAUGUUCACUGUGAAGAAGCUCUAUAAUAAACCCUGCAAUAAAUCUCAGAGUCUGCGUCAGGCUCUGACUUGAGCACACAGAGCUCGUAUGAAUCGACCGGUGAUAUAAUAACCCACUGUUUCUCUCCAGUGAGCAGCCAUGCGCGCAGGCAUGUGUGGAGCUCUUCCUUGUGGGCAGCUUGGAGGAUGCUGAGCUCCUGGGUCUGCCCAAGGGGCUGCGGUGCCAGAGGCUGCCAGAGGCACGAGGCAGUGGUGCUGGGAGGAGACCCAGGAGCCCUCCAAGGUGCAAGAGCAGGAACUGUCACAGCCCCUUGGACAGAGACUGUAGUUUGUGCUGCAUGUGUGUGCUGCUGUAUGGGCUGAGCAGGGCUGCUUUUGACUAGCAAUCACCGUAUUUCCACGUCUAAUGACUCCGAUGUAAAUAGAGUGAAGAGAACAUCCUUUUGCUGCUUGGAGGCUUGCAUGCUCUGUAGUCUGUUUGCUGCUCAGGAGUUGUUAAUGCUCGCCCUGAGGUGAGCACACCGGUUAAUGUGUGUCAGAGAUAAGUACUCCAGACCUGAUAAAGCUUCAGGCACUGAGAGGAAGUGCCAAGCCAUUUACAGUACCAUGCUUGGCAAUAAAUAAACAAAUUAAUUGAAAAGUCUC